UUCAUAGAAAUACAUAGAAACCAAUAGUGUCGCGACGACACGUCGUCUGCUACCGCUUCAUGUCGCCGGCUUCCGACUUGUACCUUUAAUUAAAGACGCAAAAUUCGACAGUACCUGUAAUAAGAUACUGCGAAAGAAUGAAGCGAGAAGACUAAUAAAUUCCCGUAUCAAAAGUCACACGACCCUGUUUACGUUAAUGGUAAUUAAGUUAAAAGAAUACCAUUUUUCAAAUCGGCGAAGCAAUUUAGUUUAAGAAGUGACCGUGGUAGCACGCCGAAGAUGGUGACAAUAAUUUCGGAUCUCAUUGACGGAUAUGAAAAAUUAUUCACAGAGCGUUCCAAUCCUGUGACAAGAGAAUGGUACCUCACCGGCAGCCCGUACCUAGUCCCAAGCAUAGUCACAGUAUAUUUAAUAUUUUGCCUCAAAAUCGGACCAUGGUACAUGAAGAAUAGACAACCUUUUGAACUAAAUACUGCCAUCAAGCUACACAACUUCUCACAAGUGUUGUUAAGCUUAUACAUGUUCAAUAUGGUCGUUUGGCGUAUAUUCUUCACAGAUUACAGUCUCACAUGCCAACAGACAGACAUUGACGACAAGUAUUUUGAUAUAGAAUGCAAAACAUGUUACAUCUACCUGAUAGCGAAAAUAACGGAACUAAUGGAUACCGUGUUUUUCAUCCUACGGAAAUCGUUCAGGCAGGUUACCUUCCUACAUCUCUUUCAUCACACCAUCAUGCCAGUCGGGUGUUGGAUCGGCAUUCUCUAUAAUCCUGGUGGAAACGCUGCUGUCCUGGGUUUGUUCAACACUGCAGUGCACGUGGUUAUGUACUCCUACUAUUUAUUAGCUAACUUCGGAGACAAAUACAAAAAAUAUUUAUGGUGGAAGAAGUAUGUGACAGUUUUCCAACUGGUGCAGUUCGCGAUCGUUGGCGUCCACGCUUUCAACAGUCUCUUCUACAGCUGCGGAUACCCAACCAUCUUGAAGCUUCUCGUUCUCACUCAGUCUGUGUUCUUCUUCAAAAUGUUCGGUGACUUCUACGUUAAGACCUACUGGAACAAACAACCCAAGAAACAAGCCAAUGGUGUACAUGAAAAUGGCAAAGAAUCUAAUGGGGUAUACAAGAAUGGCAAAGAAUCGUCUAACGGAAUAUACGAGAAUGGCAAAGAAUCGUCUAACGGAGUAUACAAAAAUGGCAAUGAGUCGUACAACGGAAUUUACACAAAUGGAAAAAAUAAAACGCAAUAGUUCAUCGGUA